GCAAAUAUGAAUACUUUGAUAUUAUAUAAGAAGAGGGGUCAUAGAUGAGUUUGGCAAAGAUGGGGAGGUCUUUCCUUCAUUUCUUUGUCUUCCUUCUGGCCUUGUCCUCCUCUGUCAUUGUUCUAUCAGCAAGGACUCAAGUAUUAGUGCAGUCAUCCAACAAGAUGAUUUCUGAAGAUACAGUGCUGGAAGAAGCUCUGAUUAAUGGCAGAAUGGACUUGGAAAGAAGUGAUUAUCCUCCUUCAGGUGCUAAUGGUCACCACACUCCUCCGAAUCCACCUCGAUGAAGCUUAUUUGAAGAUAUAUAUAUAUAUAUAUAUAUAAAUUACCCUUCAUGGGUAGUUGGUUAUCCCUUCCUCUCCUAAGUCAGAAGGUUGAGGUUCUAUAUAUAUAUUUAUUGUAGAAAUAAACUCGUCUAUAUCAAUACGAGUCUAUAAGUAUGCAUCUUUAUUAUAAUAUUUUGAUUAUUUAAUUUAUCA